AUGUUGCCACAUUACAGAGCCAAGAGGAGUGAUGUACAGUUUGAAGAACAAGGGACAAGGACAGACUCCCAAGGAACUCCAUAUCAAAGGGUAGUCACAGGAGUCUGCAUGCCAGUGAUGAAUACAGCUUCAUACAGCUCUGUUGGCAAGAAUUCAGCCUUUGAGGAGGUGGAUAAAGGGCAGCCGUGUUUGAGCUGUGGUGAUAAGUGCCUAGGAUUUGUGCCCCAUAAAUGGAGGAGUACAUGUGCAUCAUGUCAUUGUGGUAGAGAAGAUCAUGACAUCAUCCAUGAUAAUCUUGUAACUGUUUUUGAGAGAUUAAAUCUUCCAAUCGAGGACCAUGCCCAGCUACAAAGGACAAAAGAGAAGGCCCUUGCUCUGGGCUACUCAUGGGUCCCGCAAGGUCUAUCUGUUACUAAAAUUGAGGAAUUUAUGAACUCAUUACCCAAUAAUCAAAUUCCAAGACUACAUACCCCAGGUGAGAAAUACCGCGAUCGGCAGCUGAUAAUACAGAUACCUAAACAAGAUGUCUCGGAGGAGUUCUGUCACUUCCUGGGCGAUGCUGCAACCAAUGAAAGCUACACUCAAUUCCUAGAACUACGAGACGAGACGGCGUUUGGGGUCGGCAGAGUUAAAGACUAUUUACCUCAAGAUAUGGAAUGUUUUAAAUGUGGAGGAGAGAUCGAAGCCGGUGAAAUUGGUAUCUUUGUAGAUAAGAUGGAAGAAGAAGGUUCAUGUUGGCAUCCAUUCUGUUUCACUUGUAAUACAUGUGAAGAACUGCUCGUUGAUACUGGAUACUUCUUUAGGGAUGGACAGAUCCACUGUGAACGGCACUACGCAGAACUCAUAAUGCCCCGCUGUAACUCAUGUGAUGAGGUAAGUUCACACGACCACUUGUAGCGGUGUGAAGAGCUUCGAAAAGUGCAGAAAAUAGUGGUGGUGGUGAUAGUGGUGUUGAUGAUGAUGAUGAUGAUAAUGAAUAAGAUGGUGAUCAUGAUGUUGGUGCUGGUGACGGUGAGGAAGAUAAUGAUGAUGAUGAUGAUGAUGAUGUUGAUGAUGAUUAUGAUGAUGAUAAUGACGAGGGAGGAGGAGGAUGACAAGAACGAUGGAAGCUACGUUUGUGGUAAUGAUGGGGUAAUGGUGAUGAGUUGUACGAGGAGAUGGAGGAUUAUGAGUUAGUCACCCAGGCAAACUGGAUGCUACUGAAUCAGUAAAGUUCAUGUAGAUGAUUGGCUAUUCUGCAAUGCUGCCCUCUAUAAUCAGCAAAGUCCAACUUCUAGAAGUUUGGCUGAACAAACAUGAGAGAGCUGAGGUCUCAUCACUUCAAAGAAAAUAAGAAAAGAAAUAAAGGUUUCAUGAACUAUUAACUAAGCGUUAACCUUUCCAGGUCAAACUAGCGAGAAUCUUUGCACUUUCUCAUAUUAUUUGUUGUUUACACUUUCUCCCAGUCUCCUGGGAACCCCAACGUGUCAUCUGCUAUAAGUAUGUUGUUGUUGAAUCUGUUAAUUAGAGCGUUGAGUCUCGAUGGUAUGAUGAUGAUGAGUGCAGAGGUGUUUAGGGAGGAACCAAUCACGCCAUCUCGACGAUGUGGUCUUCUAAAUCGAUAUAUUCCCCCGCUCUCUGACAUUUCUUCAUUUUCAUCAUAUUACAAAUUGUCUGGAGUUCCCUCACCUCGACACUGAUUUUAUAAAUACAUUAAUGAGAAGUUUUAGCUGGAUCUUGUUUUUACCCAUCGAAUUUGAGCAUAAUAUUUUCAUGGUCAGUUCCACAUUGUGGGGGAGGGGUCAACUUAAUGAGGGUUACAU